AUGUCGCUUCUAAGUAGAUUCUUUUACAAAAGGCCACCAGAUGGAUUGCUUGAAUUUGUUGAGAGAGUAUACGUGUUUGAUUCGUGUUUUUCAACCGAGGUCUUGCCUGAGGGAAUGUACCAAAUCUACUUGCAUGAAAUCGUUACUGAGUUACAUGAAGAAUUCCCUGAGUCAUCCUUCCUUGCGUUCAAUUUCCGUGAGGGUGAGAAGCGUAGUCAGUUUGCUGAGAUACUAUGCGAAUAUGAUGUUACGGUUAUGGAUUAUCCGCGACAGUAUGAGGGUUGUCCACUUCUGCCGUUAUCUCUCAUUCAACAUUUUCUUCGUGUAUGUGAGAGUUGGCUGUUGCUUGGCAAGCAACAGAAUGUUAUUCUUCUCCACUGUGAGAGAGGGGGUUGGCCGCUGUUGGCAUUCCUUUUAGCUAGCUUUCUGAUAUUUAGAAAAUUGCAUAGUGGUGAACGCAAGACUCUUGACAUUGUACAUCGUGAAGCUCCUAAAGGUUUCUUGCAGCUAUUGUCACCUUUAAAUCCACUCCCAUCUCAGCUUCGUUACCUACAGUACGUUGCGAGAAGAAAUAUAGCUCCAGAGUGGCCGCCUCCUGAGCGAGCACUUUCCUUAGAUUGUGUCAUUCUUCGAGCCAUUCCAAACUUUGAUUCCCAAAAUGGCUGUACUCCAAUUAUUCGUAUUUUUGGUAGGAAUUACCUUAGCAAGGGUGGGCUUUCGACCCAUAUGCUUUUCUCCAUGCCCAGGAAGAAGACACUUCGGACCUACCGUCAGGCAGAUUGUGAUGUUAUCAAAAUUGACAUUCAGUGUUUAGUGCAAGGAGAUGUUGUUUUGGAGUGUGUCCACUUGGAUUCAGAUCCAGAGAGGGAAGUUAUGAUGUUCCGUGUUAUGUUCAACACUGCAUUUAUUCGUUCCAAUAUACUAAUGCUGAAUUCUGAAAACUUGGACAUUCUAUGGGAUUCAAAGGAGUGCUAUCCCAAAGGCUUCCGAGCUGAGGUAUUGUUUGGGGAAGUUGAGAGCAUAUCUCCUCCCAGAGCUCCGACCACAAUUUUAAAUGGUGAGGAGAAAGGUGGAUUGCCUAUUGAAGCUUUUUCUAGGGUUCAAGAACUUUUCAAUGGUGGUGAGUGGGUUGAUAGAAAUGAUGAUGCAGCUUUGUGGUUGCUCAAGCAGCUUUCUGUCUUGAGUGACACGAAAGAAAUGUCAAGGUUGCAAAACAGAGUGAGUUUAUUCACAUCACCUGCUGACUCUGAAGAAGAAAAUAAUGCAUCUAGCACUGCUGACAGUUCAGAUGAAGCUUGUGAUACUGUUUCCAAGGCUUCAGCAGAUUCAACAAAAGGAAUGAUGAUCGAUACCUUUGACUCAGUCCCCUUAUCAUUUGAAAAUGACAGUCCACCCAAUGUGAACCUAGCUUCAGAGUUAGCUGGACCUGUACAGCAAUCUCUUCGUCAACAAUCAUUAGAUAAAAGUAAAGAGUCAUCACCGUGUUCAUCCCCUCAAACAACUCCACCCUUGAAAUCAGCAUCAUUACAUCUGGCUUUUCAGCCUCCGCAACUACCACCUCCAGAUACCGAUGCUAUUAAAGGGCCUACACCAUCCCCACCGCCUCCACCCAGUGACAGUUCCAAUAGAAGUGUACUGGACCCCCUACCUUCCAGUACUAGUAGAGUUCCGCUGCCGCCACCACCGCCGCCACCGCUGACGUCUCUACCUCCCUCUCCUAAUGCCUCUAGAAAAGUCCCACCACCACCUCCGCCACCACCACCUCUUUCUUCUAAAUCUAGUCAACAUUCUUUGCCACCUCCCCCACCGCCUCCUCCAUUUUUAGGAAGUACAACCAACAAGCUACUACAGACAGUGGCACCACCACCACCACCACCGCCUCCUCCUCCUCUUCCAUCCAUUUCUGGUACUGGUUGUGCAGUACUGCCACCUCCUCCACCUCCUCCACCUCCUCCUUUUCCAUCCGUUUCUGGUUUUGGUUGUGCGGCACCACCACCCCCACCACCCCCUCCCCUCCCAAACAUUUCUGGUCCUGGUUGUGCAGCACCACCCCCUCCUCCACCCCCUCCCCCAUUGAGUUGUAGGCCACCACCCCCUCCUCCACCACCAGCACCAAAACUCCCUACACCACCACCCCCACCACUUGGAGGGAAGGGCCCUAGUGCACUACCGCCACCCCCACCACCUGGAGGAAAGGGCCCUAGUGCACCACCCCCACCCCCACCAUCUGCUGGAAGGGGUAAAGCAUCUUCUGGACCAACAAGUCUUGAAAGAGAUCGUGUUGCUGCUAAUGCCCCAAAGAAAACUUCCUUGAAGCCCCUACACUGGGUGAAGGUUACUCGUGCAAUGCAAGGGAGCUUAUGGGCUGAUUCUCAAAAACAGGAAAAUCUGUCGAGUGCUCCAGAAAUAGAUAUAUCAGAGCUUGAAAGUCUGUUCUCAGCAGCCUCUGCUUCAGAUAGGAAUGGCAGUAAAGCUGGAGGUAGACGUGGUCCAACCAUGACCAAACCAGAGAAAGUGCAAUUGGUUGAUUUGCGUAGAGCAUAUAACUGUGAAAUUAUGCUUUCAAAAAUCAAGAUCCCUCUGCCGGAUAUGAUUAAUGCAGUUAUGGCACUGGAUUCUUCUGUUCUUGACAUUGAUCAGGUUGAGAAUCUCAUUAGAUUUUGUCCUACCAAAGAAGAAAUGGAAACUUUGAAGAACUAUACGGGUGAGAAGGAAAUGCUGGGAAAGUGUGAACAGUUUUUCUUAGAGCUGAUGAAGGUUCCACGAGUAGAACCCAAGUUGCGAGUAUUUGCUUUCAAAAUUACCUUUUCUAGUCAGGUGAAAGAUUUAAGAUCAAAUUUGAUUACCAUCAACAGUGCUACUAAAGAGGUUAAAGAAUCUGCGAAGUUGCGACAGGUAAUGCAGACAAUUCUUACUUUGGGAAAUGCCUUAAAUCAAGGCACUGCUCGAGGGUCAGCGAUAGGAUUUAAAUUGGACAGCCUUCUUAAAUUGUCUGAUACCCGUGCAAGAAACAACAAAAUGACUUUAAUGCACUAUUUGUGUAAGCUCAUUGCUGAGAAAAUGCCUGAGUUGCUGGAUUUCGAUAAGGAUCUUAUUCAUUUGGAAGCUGCCUCUAAGAUUCCAUUGAAAGCUUUAGCUGAAGAAAUGCAAGCUGUGAGUAAAGGUCUUGAAAAGGUUGAGCAGGAACUUGCUGCUGCCGAAAAUGACGGUGUAAUCUCUUCUGGUUUUCGAAAGGUGCUGAAGAAUUUUCUUGAUACUGCUGAAGCUGAAGUUAGGUCACUAAUCUCCUUGUACUCUGAAGUGGGAAGAAACGCAGAUUCUUUGUCUCAAUACUUUGGGGAGGAUCCAUCUCGGUGUCCUUUCGAACAAGUGACACAGGUGUUGUUCAUCUUUGUCAAGAUGUUCAGCAAGUCGCGAGAGGAAAAUGAAAGACUGGCUGAUAUUGAAAAGAAGAAGCUUGAAAAGGAAGCCAUGAAAGAGCGAACUGUCGCAAAUUCAUCUGCAAAGAAAGAUUCUGUGGAUAGAGCAACAUGAGAUCGCAUAUAUUGGUGUGGUUUUGGGCAUUUUGCACUUCUGCAGGAGCUGCUGUGCAUAUCAAGAUCUAUCCUGCAUUAGCCUAUUUAUAUGAAUACGACUAGAUGGAAAUUUUGAUAAUUUUCACAUUUGCUCUUUCUACCCAUAUUUCUUCUACGAUCGAUGCUGUGUAAGUCUGUAUAAUACAACCUUCUUAGUUGUAUUUGAGCUGUAAAUAUGUAAGAGACUACGGUAGCACUGUAAUAUUCUCGCCCAUCUCUCCAAUCAUUUUGUACAGUCUCAUCUGAAAAGAACCAUCUUUUUGAGACAA